GUGUGUGUGUGUGUUGUAGGGGUGUAUUCCCACCAUGGCUCGAGCUGUGGUGGUGAACGCUGCUCAGCUGGCCUCCUACUCUCAGGCCAAACAGGGGCUGCUGGACUCAGGGUAUUUCGGGGACGAUAUUUUGUGUCACUUCUGUGCCAGUAUGAUCAGUGGUCUGGUUACCACGGCAGCGUCGAUGCCGGUCGACAUCGUUAAGACCAGGAUCCAGAACAUGAGGAUGAUUGACGGGAAGCCCGAGUACAAGAACGGUUUGGAGGUGCUGCUGCGGGUGGUGAGGAACGAGGGUUUCUUCUCGCUGUGGAAAGGUUUCACUCCGUACUACGCUCGCCUCGGACCGCACACCGUCCUCACCUUCAUCUUCCUCGAGCAGAUGAACCGACUGUACAAGACCCACAUCCUGGACCGCUGACACACACACACACA